GUGCUCUCCCAGCACCUUUGCCUGUAAUCAGCGAAGAAAUUUAUUCAGACUUUCCAAUCAUCACCAACCCGACUCCGACUCCACGAUCCUCUCCCCCCAAACGCCCCUGCCUGCCCAUUGCGCGAGCAUCAACCGAUCCCCAGGGCAGUCGCAGCUGUAUUAUCUCGAACAGAUCCAUAUCACCUGGUCUCUUGUUGUUCUCUUUCCGACUCUUUUUUCUUUUCUUGCCCUUUCUCUAACCGGUUCUGCACGACUCAGGCCGGCGCCGACCAUCGCAGCAAUGGCGUCCAGCUUGGAACAAAUCCAGAAUGUUCUCCUGAACAACCCCGUCGCCAACUCCCUCUCAGAUGCCAUCAGCUCCUUCUCGGAACGGAGGGCGAAGCUCGGCUUGUCCAAUCCCGGUACCACCGAGAACCUGACUAGGGAGGUCCAGCGCGAUGUCUUGCUCACGAACUACAUGUUCACCGGCCUUCGCGCCGAUCUGACCAAGGCCUUCAGCAUGUCGCCUCUGUUCCAGGUUUCCCACCAAUUCGCUAUGGGCGAGCGUUUGAACCCGUACACCUUUGCUGCGUUGUACGGAACAAGCAAGGUCUUCUUGCAAGGAAACAUGGACAACGACGGCCAGCUCUCCACCCGAUUCAACUACCGAUGGUCCGAUAAGCUUGUGUCGAGAACCCAAUUCCAGGCCGCCCCUGGCGCUGGACAGGAGAUGCUUCAGUUCGAGAACGAAUACACCGGCGACGACUUCACGGCUUCUCUUAAGAUGCUCAACCCUUCCUGCCUGGAUGGCGGUGUCACCGGUAUCUUCAUUGGUAGCUACCUCCAGUCGGUCACUCCCAAGCUUGCCCUCGGUCUCGAGACCGUCUGGCAGCGCCAGGCCAUGACCCAGGGUCCCGAGACUGCCACCUCAUACUGCGCCCGUUACAAGUCCAACGACUGGGUUGCAACCGCUCAGCUCCAGGCUCAGGGUGCUUUGAACACCUCCUACUGGAGACGUUUGUCCGAGAAGGUUCAGGCUGGUGUUGACCUGUCUCUCUCGCUCGUCCCCGGUGCCGCUGGCGUCAUGGGUGGUUUCCAGAAGGAGGGUGUCACCACUAUUGGUGCCAAGUACGACUUUAGAAUGUCUACCUUCCGCGCCCAGGUCGACUCCAAGGGCAAGCUUAGCUGCCUGUUGGAGAAGCGCAUUGCCGCCCCCGUCAUGAUGACUCUGGCUGCUGAUGUUGACCACUUUUCUCAACAAGCAAAGAUCGGUGUCGGUAUCUCCAUCGAGGCCGGUGGUGAGGAGCUCCAGGAGCAGCAGGAGACUCUGGGUGCUCAGGGAACUCCCAACAUCCCCUUCUAAACCUGAAAACAAACACGAGGAUGGCUUGGUGCAUAGCCAAGUCAGAACCGAAGCUCCGCUCCUAAUCGAACCCAAUAAUUGAUGUUUUUCCCCGGCGAGGACAAGAAACGACGACGACGAACUUGAUUUUCUUUCGCAAGUUCUCAUUCUUAUACUGCUGUCUUAGUACAAACGACUUCACGCCUCGACAGCACGGACCCGACAAACCAGAGUAUCGGAUACUCCCAAAUGCCCCCUCUGGAGGUCUUCUACCUUUGGUCCGCCCGUCACACUCAUGUUCGUUGAACCUCGACUUCUCUACUCGGCCGGAUAGAAAGACCUGUGUAUAUUACGCUCAGCCCGAGCACAAGAUUCAGGGCCAAUAUGGUGGUGUAUUGGUCGGCUUGGAUGCAUUUUUGGGAGGCUUGGAACGGCAUACCCGAAGCGGAGUGGCUGAUGCCACAACCCACGAGAGCAUCUACUUGAGGCUGCGCAUUAUGAAUGGCCUCCGUGAUGAACAACUCUCGUAUGUACUGUGUAUGAAGGAGAU